UUACAGCUCCGCUCCACUUUAGAGAAUUCCUCUUUAUAACACACCCAUCAUUGUUCAUCACAGUAAUCUCUCCGCAACGUCUCUCAAAACUGCCCCCCCCCAAUCAAGAAAGUCACUUUAUUUUUUUGCUUUCGAUGGAUCUUCACGUUUCAGAUAUUGCAGUCUCCAUUCCAUUGUUGUCUGCAACAGUAACAAGCAGUAGCUGCAGCAGCAGCAGCAGCCUGGGCAGCGAAACCGAGGAUAGCCCUGCGAAUUCUCACCGGUUCGAGCUGCGAGACGUGAAAUAUCGGCUACCUUGCACCCCCUUUUCCGGGUUUCAGUCGCACAAGCCAUUGGCAGUUUUGUCGGGCCAUGUGGGUUCAGUUUCUUGCUUGGCCUUGUGUGGGGAGUUCAUCUUGAGUGCCUCACAAGGCAAGGACAUCAUAGUGUGGCAACAGCCCGAUUUGAGGCUAUUCACAAAGUUUGGCCAAGGGGAUGGCUCUGUGAAAGCCCUUGUGACUGUGGGCGACAAGGUGUUCACAGCACAUCAAGAUAGCAGAAUCAGAGUUUGGAAGGUCUCGAGGAGGUCGGAGAAUGUUUUCAGGCUCGUCGAUACGCUUCCCACCACGAAGGACUACUUGGGGAAGUGCAUGAAGCAGAGCAAUUAUGUGCACACAAGGAGGCAUCACAAGAGGUUGUGGAUUGAGCAUGCGGAUAGCAUCUCUUGCUUGGCUGUGCAUCACGACUUCAUCUAUUCAGGGUCUUGGGACAAAACCCUCAAAGUGUGGAGGGUAUCGGAUCUGAAGUGCUUGGAGUCCAUAAAGGCACAUGAUGAUGCUAUUAAUGGGUUGGUGGCAUGCAAAGGGGUUGUGUAUUCAGCUUCUGCAGAUGGGAAAAUCAAAGCCUGGGGCAAGGAGGGAACAAAGAGGUCACACUCGUUGAAGGGCAUUUUGGAAGGCCACAAGGAUGUUUCUCUAAAUUCGGUGAUUGUUUCGGAAGAUGGGAAGUGGGUUUAUGGAGGAGGGUCAGAUGGGUAUGUUAUGGGGUGGGAGGGGAGUAGUAAUCUUGUGAGCUGGAAGUUGGUGUGCGAGGAAAACGCACAUCAGAUGGCUGUUUUGUGUAUGUGCUUGAUGGGAGAGUACUUGUGCAGUGGUUCUGCUGAUAAAAGCAUAGCCAUAUGGAAGAGAGAGGCUUUUGGUCAGAUUUGUAAGGUUGGCCUGAUAAGUGGCCAUGAAGGGCCAGUGAAGUGUCUGCAAGCAUCACCUCUCAGAGUUGGUGAAGGGUUCAUGCUCUAUAGUGGGGGUCUUGACAGACGUUUGAGGGUAUGGUGGGUUCCCAAGUACUCUGCCCAGAAAGAGGACACAACUUCAACACUGAUGAUUACAGAGAAGAGCUCUAUUUUGGGUUAGAAAAAGUUUCAGAUUGCUGAGAGUUAUGAGGCACUGCUGCUGCCUUUUUUCUUUGCCUGCAGUGCUUCAAAUCAGUUUUGAGAGUCUGAAGCCGGGUCUUGGAGUUAUUGAGUUUUUCUUCUUCUUUUUUCCCCUUUCCCCUUGUGCAACACUUAAUGGUAGAUAGGGUUCAAGAAAAUAGAUACGUUGCUUUCCUUUUUUUUCUUUGGUUUUCUCUCUAUGUUUGGACAAAGUUUAGAACAUACCAGUGAAGAGUGGAUUGUUUGUUAUUUCCCGUUAUAGGUGUCACAGAUUUAUGAUAACUCUCUAUAUAUGAAACCAGUGUGAUUUAAGGAUAUGUUCAGAGUAUGAAUAGCAUCCUUUCUUUAGUUA